AUGCAUUCAAUCGAACUCCUUUCCCUCAUUUCGAUUCUGAUGUUCGUUCAGCCCAUCUCCUUUCUUCUCCUGUUCGGCGUUCUUCGAAAUGGUGUCGAGGCCACAGUCUUUCGCCACGACAUCAGAGCGAAUGGGUUCAGGACGGAGUAUGUGAGUGACGCUGCAUUAUUUUAACAAUUAUUAAUAAAAGAUUAACUUUUGUCAAUUUUUGAUAAAAAGAACUUUUACCGAAACAAGGAACUUUUUCAGGAUGACCAAUACAUUUCGCUGACCAUCAAAGCCCCUGCUGGCCAUAUAAGUAAGUUUCUAGAAGCAUAUUUCACCUUCAAAUGGUCCUAUUUUCGUUUUACUACGGUAUUUUUCUAACCACAUAUUGUCGUAUUUUAGUUCGUUACGAACCCCACGCCAGCUCCGAACAUGUUCACCAUAUCAUGUUGGCCGGCUGUGAACAACCUUAUCACCCCAUUGGGCUAAAUGAAGGCCCCGCAACCUGCCUAGGACGAGAGCGAUAUCUGUAUUCUUGGGCCAAGAAUGCCGGGAAUUUAAGUUUGCCUCAAGAUGUCGCCUACAAAGUGGGCCAUGAAAACGAUUCUAUCCAAUAUUUGGUAAUGAUUAUUCACUAUGCAAAUAAAAUGACGGGAGACUAUAAGGACAAUUCUGGAUUGACCUUGGUAAUGAGUAAAGAGCCUACCAAGUACAAUGCCGUCGAGUAUUUGUUCGUGUCUGGCGAUGAAAUACCACCAGGACAAGAGAAUUACAAGAUGAAUAUCAGCUGUCAUUACAGAAGUAAGUUAGAUUGAUUUGGCUUCCUAAUUGGCAUAAAACUAAUGAUAAACAUUUUUUAUUACAGGCAACACAAAGGCGAUUCCAUUUUACUACCGAGUACACACACAUGACCAUGGAAAAAUCGUGUCGGCGUUUAUUAUCGAUCCGAAACACAAACCCCAUUUAGUGGGAAAGAGACAUCCUCUAUGGCCACAAGUAAGAAUUUAGCUACAAAGCAACCCGAAUUUCCGAUAAACUUUGGCCUAAAUUAUGUUUUAGAGUUUCGAAAAGGUAAUCGAUCCUGUUCCCGCGCAACAAGGUGCUAUCCUGGCAGCGCAAUGCAUCUACAACACCACUGGGGAGAGAGAACGACUUCAGAUGGGGUAAAUUUUUGAAAUUUUACAAUUUCUGCGCCACAUAUUACAAAAAAUUUUUAAAACAAAACUUAAUUAAAAAAACGUUCUGCGGAACUUCAAAAUGGAUUAAUAUUGACAUUUACAGGAUGACAAACUCUCAUGAGAUGUGCAAUUUCCAAAUUAUGUUUUACUAUCCAGCUGAAGACCCGGAUCCUUUUCCAAACUCUUCAGUUUGCUUUGGAAAUGCUCUUGAAGAGCAAAAUUUGCAAUAUCCGGAUGUCAAACCACUCCCUCACAAUCAAACGCUCCUAGACUUCGCUAAAAAUGGGCACUCGCAUCAACAUGAACAUGGGAAUGGACAUCGCCAUCAUCAUGAACAUGGAGAUAAAAUACGAUAA